AUGGCAUUGGCUUAUAGUUCUGUUACUUCAUCGAUUGAUGAAAUUAACAAAAACUUUCAGGAUAUAAACUUAGAUUCACAUCUAUUUUUAUCUGAUGAUCCUUUUCAUUUAAAAUCAUCUGAAGGCACUUACAUAAUAUUUUCACCACCGACAAACAGUUCUGGUGAUAUUUAUCAUACUCUUACUUAUUUAAUGUUAGCCAAACAUGAAAAGAAACAAUUACCAUUAAUUCAAUUAUCUUAUGAUGGAAAAGAAACGUUGGAAGAAACUGAAAGUCAAAUGAAUACAUACUCUCAAGUAAAACGUUGUCUUCGAUUUGCUGAACAUCUCGGUUUUAAAGACUCAUUUCUUCCUCCAAUUAAUUUUGGUGAAGAUAACAAGUAUCGACCAAACGCUCGUUAUGCCAAAGUGGUCGGUUAUUUGAAAAAACAUCAUAAUAAAAAUGAAAAUAUUUAUUAUUGCGAACAAAAACUAUUAACUACAUUAAUAUCUAACUAUUUUCUUACAUCUGGGCGAGAUAAAACUACAAAAAUUUUAAAUAAAUCAUAUGGAAAAUGGUCUGUUAAUGAAAAGGUUAAUAAUAAAAUUAAAAAAAAAGUUCAACAAGUAAUUCAAACUAUUAAAAUGAAGACUAGUUCAAAACCUUUAAUUAUUAUACAAUAUCGUUAUUCAUCAAAAGCUAAUGAUAAUCAAAACAUAGAUGAAAUUGAAAUUUUUAACAGAUUCAUAAAAUAUUUAAAUCAAAAAAAUUAUGCUACAUGGUAUUUAUUUGUUGAUUCAAGAGCUAAAAAAUCAAAGGGAAUUAGUAACAUUGACAAUAAAACAAAUUGUUUUCCAUAUGAAAUUGAGAAUCAUGAUUACGGAAAAUUAUUUCAUCUUGAAUUUCUUCUACAGAUAUUAAAAUUAAAAAAUGUUAAAGGUAUUAUUGGUAAUACAAGUGGUUGUCUUGAUCUAGCUGCAUUUGUGGGUCAUAAUGUUCUCAAUCUUCACCAAUCUAAUGAAAUGAAUUAUCAAUCAUAUCGAAUGUUUCUUCAAUCUUCAUUUCUUAUUGUCGAAGAUUUUAACGAAAAUGUUAUUGAAAAUAUUCUCAAAGACAAAAAAAAACAUUGGAUUGAUUUUACCGAUGAAAUUAUGAAUGAAUAUAUGCCUAUAGCAGCUGAUUGGAUCAAGAACAAAAAAAAUACACCCACAUUUCCGAAACAAAAAUUUGCAAAUUUUGAUGAUGAUAAGAUAAACAAUGCCGGCUUUGUUGACUUACAUCAAAUUCUAACAUGGAAAGAUGAUACUUUAUAUGCAACAUCCAUUCCAAUCUUCAAACACGUGCGCAAAAAAUUGCUUAAAUACAAUUAA